AUGCUAGGCAGACAAGACAAUUUUCUGGCGCUACAGCCGAAGACAAAAUGCCUGCGAUGUGGGGACAAACUGCAAUGGUCAGAGGAGCCCCAUGUCCUCCAGAGCUGUUCAUGCUGCUCUACAGAGGAUGAGACAUUGCAGAAUAUAAGUAGAGACCAGAAGAAUAGCAGAAUGAAGAAUCACUGGCCAGCUGGAAGAGUGGGGGACAUUGACUUCAUUGGGGCCUCCAAAACAAAAGGAAAGUUUAUGAGGGUGCAGAGCAAUACUGAACCAGCGCACAUCUUCCAGAUGCUGACAGAGGAGUGGGGACUAGCUCCUCCACACCUGGUAGUUGCACUAGUGGGAGGAGAUGAGCUGGCUCAAAUGAAACCUUGGCUCAGGGACACAGUCAGAAAAGGUCUUGUGAAAGCUGCACAAAGCACAGGGGCAUGGAUUUUGACUAAUGGCCUUCGAUUCGGCAUCACCAAGCACCUAGGUCAAGCUGUACGAGAUCACUCCUUGGCUAGCACUUCUGCAAAAGUUCGUGUCGUGGCCAUUGGCAUCGCACCCUGGAACAUGAUCCACAACCGAGAGGCACUACUCAGCGCCAAGUUGGGUGUGCCAGCAGUAUACAAGCCACAGGACUUGCCGCAUGGUUCAGUUUAUUCCCUAGAUAGCCACCACCCCUACUUUGUACUAGUGGAGGAUGAUCCAAACAGACCUGGAGCCACUAGUGAAAUGAGAGUAAAGCUGCUCAAGCACAUCUCUCUUCAGCGCACAGGCUAUGGAGGUGCAGGAAGUUUUGAGAUCCCUGUUCUAUGUCUAUUGGUCCAUGGCGAACCUCGGAUCCUAAAGCGGAUGUGCAAAGCCAUUGGCAAUUCGACACCAUGGCUUAUUCUAGCAGGCUCAGGAGGAGUAGCUGACAUCCUCGUCACACUAAUGAACAGGGGCUGCUGGGAUACAGACAGUGUUUAUGAGCUGCUGCUGGACACCUUUCCGAACGCCUACCACAGCACGGCCCUAAGAAACUGGGUCAAGCUGAUCCAGAAAAUACUGGAUCAUGGGCAUCUCCUCACUGUCCAUGACCCUGAACAAGAGAGCUCUGAGCUGGACACAGUCAUCCUCAAAGCUCUCGUCAAAGCUUGUAAGAGUCAAAGUCAGGAAGCCCAAGACUUUCUUGAUGAGUUGAAGUUGGCUGUGGCGUGGAACCGAGUGGACAUUGCCAAGAGUGACAUCUUCAGUGGAGAUGUUCAGUGGAAGGCAUGCGACCUUGAAGAAGUGAUGAUGGAUGCACUUAUCAAUGACAAACCAGAUUUUGUACGCCUGUUUGUCGACAACGGUGUUAACCUGAGCGAGUUCCUCACCUACGGACGUCUACAAGAGCUUUACUGGUCCGUAUCGGAGAAGAGUCUCCUGCAUAACCUACUUCUCAAAAAAUAUGAGGAGAAGCAGCGUCUGCUUGGUACUGCAAGGACACCUGGGCGUCCUGGGCAGCACACAUCUGAGCAGGGGGAACGGAAGCCUCGUUUCACUCUUUAUGAGGUUGCCAAAGUGCUCAAAGACUUUCUUCAUGACUCCUGCAAAGGCUUUUACCAAAAGAGUCCUACAGAAAAGCCAGCAAAGGGUCGACUGUUCCACAGCCAGAAGAACCUGGCUGAAUUGGAAGAACGUUGCCAACAUCCUUGGAGGGAUCUUUUCCUCUGGGCCGUCCUUCAGAACCGACAGCAGAUGGCUAACUACUUUUGGGCCAUGGGCCCUGAGGCAGUAGCGGCAGCAUUGGCAGGGUGUAAGAUUCUGAAAGAGAUGGCAAGACUCGAGUCUGAGGCUGUGUCAGCCCGUAGCAUGAAGGAGGCCAAAUAUGAACAGUUUGCCCUUGAUGUGUUUGGAGAGUGUUACUCCAACAGUGAAGACAGGGCGUAUGCAUUGUUAGUAAGGAGAACACAGUGUUGGAGCAAAUCUACGGUCCUCAACCUGGCAACUGAGGCUGAUGCCAAGUCCUUCUUUGCUCACGAUGGAGUUCAGGCUCUCUUGACAAAGAUCUGGUGGGGAGCAAUGACGACAGACACCGCCAUCUCCAAGCUUGUUGUGUCUUUCUUCUGUCCACCUCUCAUUUGGACUAACCUUAUGAAGUUCUGUGAUGAGGAGAUGGAUAAUCAGAACAGUGAGGAACCGUUUGUGGAGCUGGACAGUUUGGACACGGAGAAGGUUUUACUGUUAAGAGAUGAAGAUGGCCCACUGGACUCUUUACCUGGUGCCCCAGGAGAUCAGAGCUGUGCAUCAGUGUGGUGGCGUUUCUUAAUUCGUCGCUGGCGUCGCUUCUGGAGUGCUCCUGUCACUGUGUUCCUUGGUAACGUCAUCAUGUAUUUUGCCUUUCUCCUCCUUUUCACCUACGUGCUCCUGCUGGACUUUCUUCCACCACCCCCCAUUGGUCCUGGAGCCCCAGAGAUAAUGCUCUACUUCUGGGUUUUCACUUUGGUGCUGGAAGAACUUCGACAGAGCUUCUUUUCAGAUGAAGAGAUGAACAUCUUAAAGAAGUUCAAGCUUUAUGUGGAGGACAACUGGAACAAGUGUGACAUGGUUGCUAUUUCACUAUUUGUCAUUGGGGUUUCAUGCCGGAUGGUUGAUGACACCUACGAGGCAGGAAGGAGUGUUCUGGCAAUAGACUUCAUGGUAUUCACACUGCGAUUGAUCCACAUCUUUGCCAUUCAUAAGCAGUUGGGGCCGAAGAUCAUCAUUGUGGAGAGAAUGAUGAAGGAUGUCUUUUUCUUCCUCUUCUUCCUGAGUGUGUGGCUCAUUGCAUACGGGGUGGCUACCCAGGCUCUUCUGCACCCUAAUGACCACCGGAUCGACUGGGUGUUUCGCAGAGCCUUGUAUCGUCCCUACCUGCACAUUUUUGGCCAGAUUCCUUUAGAGGAAAUAGAUGCUGCUCGGAUGACUGAAAUGAACUGCACCAAUGAAUCAGAGGAAAUUAUCAAGGGCCUACGGCUACCAUGUCCUAAUGUCUAUGCCAACUGGCUCGUGAUUCUCCUUCUGGUCAUCUUCCUUCUUGUGACCAAUGUUCUUCUGCUCAACCUACUUAUUGCCAUGUUUAGCUACACAUUCCAGGUUGUACAGGGCAACACUGACAUUUUCUGGAAGUUCCAAAGGUACAACCUGAUUGUUGAGUAUCACAGCCGCCCAGCCCUGGCUCCACCUUUCAUUAUCAUCAGCCACCUCUCUCAGCUCCUCCUUAGUCUGGUCAAGCAGCCUGAGUCCAAGCAGGAGCAUCUUGAGCGAGAGCUACCAGCUGGGCUUGACCAGAGGCUGAUAACAUGGGAGACUGUACAGAAAGAAAACUACCUGGCCAAACUUGCGCGCCAACAAUGGGAGAGCAGCGAGGAGCGACUCAGGAGUACAUCAUCAAAGGUUGAAAAUAUGCUCAGGAUUAUCGGUGGGGUUAAGGACCAAGACAAACGACUGGCAUCCAUGGAGGCUCAAGUUAGAUACUGUGGUGAGGUGUUGUCCUGGAUGGCAGAAUGCUUUGCUCUGAGCACACUAAAAUGUGGGAAAGAGGCUCCAACUGCACCAAGCUGCAAGGGGAGCAAUGACGCCCAUCAAAGUCAACUGAAGAAAGAAACCAAAUGAGCAAAAGGUUAC